AUGUUCAUGUAUCGUUUAUAUGAUACACAUUUGGUUAUCUGUGGAAUUGUCAAUGACAAUGAGAUUUUGAAUAAAGCUGAAGACGAAGAGUCGCCCGUAAGCUCGAAUGAAGCAAAAUUAGGUCUCCGCGCCGUCUUAAGUUUUUACAAAGACAUGAUAUUGACAACAGUGUAUUUUGACAGUGUUUCUCAACCUAUGGGUUGCGACCCAAUAUUGGGUCGCGACUGUCGACCAGUUGCAUCAGGCAUUGAUGAUUACAAAUUUGAAAGGGUACAGAGUUUCAAAUACCUGGGCGCAGAGAUCAAUGAAAGUGCUAAUAGCUACGAAGAAGUUAAAAAACGAAUUACAGCAGCAAAUAGAUGCUACUAUAGUCUAAUGCCACUCUUCAAAUCAAGAUUACUAUCAAUAAAGUCUAAAAUAACGUUAUACAAAGUCAUAGUCAAACCGGUUGCCCUGUAUGCAUGUAGUACAUGGGCCACGACAAAAUCGGACGAAGGAAAGUUAGCAGUUUUCGAAAGAAAGAUAUUAAGGAAAAUCUUCGGUCUAAAGAGAAAUAAUGAUGGAAGGUAUGAGGUGAGAGGCAACAGGGAAUUGGAUGAUCUAUACAAGGAACCUACAAUUGUUGGGUCCCUGAAGAGUACGAGGAUAAGUUGGGCGGGACAUGUAUGGAGGUCAGAGAGAAUGAUUGGAUCAAUAACUAAAUGGAAACCCGACACUAAAAGGCCUCGAAGGCGCCCCAGACAAAGAUGGGUGGAUAGAAAAAAGGAAGACUUGAAACUCCUGAACGUAAGAAACGCAGAAAAAUGUGCAAAUGAUAGAGAAGAAUGGAAACAAUAUGUUGUUGCGGCGAUAGGCCUUAAAGGCCUGUAA